AUCUCCCUGUUGCUUGAGUGGAAAGUAAUCAAAAAAGAAGGCUUUGAAAGAUGGGCAAUACAUCAUCGGUGGAUGUUUCAUCAAUGAAUGAUACUACAUUCAUAACUCUUCCUUCGAAUUAUGCAUCAGAUUUACCUCCGCAUCAACAAAGCCUCACAUCCUCAUCACUUUCUAAUAUAGAAUAUUCUAAACAAGAUUUGGAGAAUAUAAACAUUGUAAAAUCAAAGCUAUUACACUAUCUACAAGUAAAAGGACAAGAAAAUCAAGUUCCUGAUCAUGUUUUAAAUUUCAUCAUUGAACCACUUUCAGUUGAAAAUGAAUUAAAAGGUUCCUACUUAAAUUCUGAUUGGAAAAUUACAUCAAGAAUGGUUGAAAUUUAUGAAUUUAUGUGUUUUAAAUAUGUUCACAAUAGUCAUCACUGUAAAGAAGAGAAGGAUUAUAAAAAACUGUUGAGUGUGAUGAGAGCACAUUUGGCAACUGCUCAUGCCAAUUCAUUGAAUACUUUUGAUUUAAAUACUAGUACAAUAAGUAAUGCAUCAUCAAAUGCUAAUACUUCCAUUGCUGGAGGUAAUAGUUUGAAUAAUAGUUUGGUUGAUGAAUCUACAAGUCCUCCAACCAUUUCUUCCUCAAUUUCACCUCCGACUGGUCAUUCUGUUUCAGAGCAUCAACAGCAAUCACUACAGAGCAUAUCUCAUAAUGUGAGUAAUACUGUAGAAUCUGAAAGUGUUAUCAGUAGUGGUGGAGCCGCAGAAAGUGUUUCUACAGCUGGAAAUGUUUCAUCUCCAACUACAGAUAAGAAACUUGACCUUUCAUCCAAACGAAAAAGUCAAUCAUUUAGUGGAAUAUCACAACUUAAUUUAAAUGAAAUUCAAGAUAAUUUACAAAGUGGAAAAUCAUCUGAAAUUAAAAAGACAGCUGCCAGUUCAUCAUUUACUGAACAAUCUAGAAAAGUUUCUUCACCAAAAUCACCAAAAGAUGAAGCCGAUGAUAAGAAUGAUUCUACUGCAAGCAAAUUGAAGAGAACUCUUUCUAACUUGAAAAAAGUACCAAAACUUAAGCUUCCUGAACUUUCCUUUUCGAAAUCUCCAAAAUCAUCCCGUGCUAACAGUGUCAGUUCACCAAAAGAUAAUCACAGUAGCUCUGCUCUUUCAAUAACUUCCUCUGCAAGUACAUCCAAUUUAGAAACAUUGGAUAAGAGAGCAUCAAUGAGAAGUAUUCUCGUUGACACUAAAUCACUCAAUCAAUCAUCACAUAAUUCACAUCAACAAGAUAAUAGUGAACAUCACCAAACAAGUGAACAAGAUAAGGGUACAAAGAUUGGACUUCUUAAAAAGUUGGGUUCUUUCAAAAAGACAAAAUCUGGAAAUAACCUCAGCCAGAAUAAUUCUGUUUCGAACACACCUCUAGUGGAUCCUUUUGCUGAUGAAGUAACAUCAACAAUUACCACAGUUCCAGAUGUUGACAGAAUUUUAGCAAAUACAGAACAUGAUUUUGAUGAUAAAUUUAAGGCGCUCAAAUCUCAGUACAUUGAAGAGAGAAAACAAAAGAGAGAACAAUAUCACACUCACAAUUUGUGUUUCAACGACCAUGAAUUUAUGGAACAUGAAAAUUUUGAGCAUGCCAAAGCAAUAGAUGAUCUAUUGGCUAAACGAGUUUGUUCAGGUAGAGAAGAUGUUGUUAAGAAUGAAAUUGAUAUGAAACGACUCUUUUCUAAAAACGAUGAGCUGCCUUCUUAUAUUAAGGAAAAGCUCGAUAUUAUAUCACAUCAGAGAGAUUUAUCAAAUCAAUUGAUAGGUAUCAAAUUAUUGGUCAUUGACUGUUCAUGCAAACAAUCUAUUAUUCGAAUGCUUUCUCCUGUGAAGGAAACAUUAGAAUUCUCCAACAGUAAAACUAAAGGGUAUGAAUUGGGACUAGUGGUUGGACCUUGGUUAUUAACUUAUCAUGAAGAUGUUGGAUUAGUUAUUCCUUCAAAGAUUAUUCCACCACUCGAAAAUAUACUAUUUGACUUGGGAACUUUGGAUUUAUCCUCAAGUUUAGAACAACUAUGUCAGGAAUUAUCCACUACAAUCAUUGAGUGGAAUACAAAGAAAUUUUACAGUAAGAACAAUUCAGAAAUGCCUGACUAUCUUAAAGAGGUUUCUAAAUUAAAUAUGACAUCUGGCAGUUCCUAUGACUUUGUGAUGGAAAUAUUGAGUAAUCUUGGAAUUAGAUUGAACCUAUCUGAUAAUCCUUCUUUACAACUCUUAUUUUCUAACAUUAAGAAUAACGGUUCAUCUCCAAUGGUUUGGAUUACUGACAAGAAUGAAGAAGUUGUAUUUGAAACUCAUGCACAACUCGAUGAGUAUGUGAACAAUUUAUCCAAGUCAAGCAAUAAUACGAUAGCAAUGUAUAGAUCCUUGGAUUGGGAACUUUUGAAAUCAUAUGAUAGAGUUUUUUGGGCUAAACAUUUAACAACUAUUGAUAGUACAUUUGAUCCAAGCUUCAAUCAUGAAACUACAAUUAACUGCCCUUUCAAACAUCCUUAUCUAAUCUAACUUUAUAAUUUGUUUAUCAAAUUUACAAUUCCAGUAACGGUUCUCAUGUAAUGAUCAGGUAAAAAGUCAAUAAACAAGUGGAAACUAUG